AUGAGUCGAUGGUCGGCCGGCUCGACGCCCGGAAGGUGAGAUAUCGAUAAUUAUGACGGAAAAUGCGGGGAGAAGUGAGUUUUUCAAAAAAUGGUUCCCUUUUUUCAGUGUCAAACCGGUUUAUGGCGCCCGCUACCCGCCACUUCAUCACGCGAGCCCAACAAAAGGAGUCGAGCUGCCGGGAAGAAUGAAUAAAUUUCAGGAUUAUGAGAAUAGGUGCCCGAUUUAAGCAGAAAAUAAAAAUAAAAAUAAAAACGAAAAAUCAGAAUUUUCUCCAAAAAUCUUCCGAAAAUCCCCUCAAAACGCAGCAUUUUUCAGUGUAUCCGACGCGUGGGAUACUCGAGUAAAAGUCGAUGAAACGCUGGCGUCGGCCUCCGCGGCGAAGGUGCUCGCAGCUCACGCGGCUGGAAAAACGAAUCGGGACGAGGAAAUAAUGCCGCCAGUGAGUGCGGCGCCCACCAAAAACAGCCGCCAGCAGGCACUACAGAGAUUGGCCAUACAGAAAGGUUUGUAAUGCGACAAAUAAGAAAAAAAAACAUGUUUUAGUUUCAUAAAUCUUUCCAGAACCUCUUCCAUCAUCAGUAACAGCGACUCCACAGACGGCCAAUCCCAUCUACCCGAAAUUACCAGAAAUAUCGGAUCAGCCACGGUCAGCAGCAUCAAUUGCCAGUGCUCCACCGCAUGGUUAGUCAAAAUAUUUCCAUUUUUACAAACACAAAUAACUAAAAACUGCAGGUGGUGAUCGUGAUCAGACCCGUUUCGCCCGUCUCCGUCGCCUUUUUUCGAACGGAAAGUCGUCGGGUCGCAGUUCUCCGCCGGUCGACGUCGAUUUGGAGAAACUUCGGGAGGACUGUUGGAUGGGGAUACCGCACAAGUUGAGGCCACAGGCAUGGAGACUGCUCUCGGUUAGUUUGAGCUUGAAAAACUCGUUUUAUAUUUUAUUUUCACACGAUUUCAUUUCAGGGUUACCUACCAACUAAUGCGGAACGUCGUGAAGUGACUCUUCAGUGCAAACGGGACGAAUACUGGCACUACGUCGAGCAGUACUUCCAUUCGAGAUUCGAAGAUCAAAAUGCAGAGACGUUCAGACAGGUAAUUCAUGGAAAAGCGAUGAAAUUAUUCGCAAUUUGCAGAUAAACAUUGACAUACCACGAAUGUGCCCGCUUAUCCCGUUAUUCCAACAAAAAAUGGUCCAGGAGGUUGGUUUUUUGUGCUUUGUUCCUGCAACUUUCUAAUAUUCCCCACUUUCAGAUGUUCGAACGCAUCCUUUACAUAUGGGCGAUCCGUCACCCGGCUAGUGGCUACGUGCAGGGAAUCAACGACCUCGUCACCCCGUUCUUCGUCGUCUUCCUCUCCGAAUUCAUUCCGCAAGACGUCGAAGUCGGUUCGUUCGACGUCUCGCAACUGCCACUCGAACAGUGCCAACUCAUCGAGGCCGACUCGUUCUGGUGUGUAUCGUCACUACUCGAUUCUAUUCAGGUUUGUCUCAAUGGUUUUUCUCAAUGUAAAUUACUAAAGCUCUUGUCGAUUUUCAGGAUAACUACACAUUUGCCCAGCCGGGAAUUCAGCGAAAAGUUCUCCAACUGCGUCAUUUGAUGAGCCGUGUUGAUCGUCCACUGCACAAGCAUCUCGAGUCGAACAGCAUUGAAUAUUUGCAAUUCGCAUUCCGUUGGAUGAACAAUCUUUUGAUGCGAGAGAUCCCGCUCCGCGCUACUAUUCGGCUCUGGGACACUUAUUUGGUAGGAAUUUUGAGAGAACCCCCGUUUUUUACUGUUUUUUUUUAGAGCGAGCCGGACGGCUUCUCGCAAUUCCACAACUACGUGUGCGCCGCAUUCCUUCGAACAUGGUCGAAACAAUUGCAGAGUGAAAAGGACUUCCAGGUCAGGGAAUUCGCAAAAAACGGCAAGAAAUUGAAUUCUGUUUCAGGGCGUGAUGAUCCUUCUGCAAAACCUGCCGACGCAAUCGUGGGGCGACCGGGAGAUCUGCGAGCUCACCGCCGACGCCUUCUCGCUCCAAUCGGUGUUCGACGGGGCACGUCGUCAUCUUUCGGCGCAGGCCGCCUCUCCAUGA